AUGACGGCUCUUGAAGGUUUAUCAGAUUCCCAUGUUGUCCUCUUGGCUGUACAGCUUUGUCUGAACGGGGACAUAUCGGGUCUUCCUCUUCUCAAAUCCCAGUUUCCGCAUACCCUCCAUCUAGAACUGCUAUUUCGAAUAGUCCUUACAUUCCUACCAGAGAUUACAGAGCCCGAACAAUACACUCAAGUGAUCAAGCAUCUUGCCAAUGGCUCACCACCCCCGGACUGCGACUUGGAAGCAGACCUUGCCGCCAUCAAAGAAAUAUCCGAGCCCGACGCUCGCAAACAAGUUCGACACUUGAAACUACUCCCUCUUCGACGCCCACACAUUAAUAUCGACGCCUCCGAGCCGCCUCUUAUCCAGUUCUUGAUCCAUCGAGCGCAUAGAAUUGAUACCGAAGUCGGCCUGCAGCUAUAUAUUCUCGAACUAGUGGAUCCGUUCAUCUCGAGUUCAAACACUCUUCGCGACUGGACUAUUUCCAUUGUCUUACCUGCUAUAAGGUUCAACUACGAAUACCACCCUGACAAUGAAGGAGCCUUGUCAUUAGAACUGAUAGAGUCAUUGGAUUCGAGAAGUGCGGUGAACAUCUUGCUUUCUGCAGUUGAACCACAUGCUAAGGGAGGGGAUGUUGGUAGAGACUUGAAGGGCAUGAUCGGCCCCUGGAUGUACGGACAUGUCAAAUCGAAGAGGCGGAAACUAGACAACAAAAAAAGCACAAAUAGCGGCGCUGAUUUUGCUGAGGUUGGCUGGCAAGACGUAAAUGAGUGGAUCUUGUCGACCAGCAUUCGUGACUUCCACUUGGCCAUUGAGGCAGUGGAGCAGUGGUCAGGGCCAGGAGAUAUAAAUCUCGGUGAUUACGAUGGGGCACAGGAUAAAGAGCUAUCUGAAGAUACGGAGAAGAGGCUGAUGUCUCUAUAUGCGCAAGCUGGCCUUGCGUCAAUAUAUGCACUGUCUGAUGGCGGUUUUGGACUAAUAUCAGGUGCGGCUCGCAUACUAUCGAGAGUCGCUGAUUUUACUGGAUUCGAUGAUCGGUUGCAUAUUAACAGUGCCGGCCUACAUCAUCUCUCACUUAAUAUACCAGAACUUGAGAGAGUAUCUCGGCAGCACCUCCUACAUAACAUGCUCUUGAACUCUUCGAACCCUCUCACAUACCCUACAAAGCAGUCAAUAUCCUUUAUAGACGCUAUACUCGUGUCCAUCCGCAUACUUGAUCAGUAUGGCCGUUGGAUGUCGCCUCGAGCCGCAGCGGAGUUGAUGCUGCUGGGACAGGCUGAUGCACAGUUCUUUGAACUGCGGAAACUGCUUGAGACUCUCAACCACCAGCAUCCUCUGCCUCGGGACUGGGCCCAGGUUAGGGCGAGUUUGCUCUGGCUGCAUAGCUGGGGAGGCAGCACGCAGCCAGAGGUACCGCAGGGGCUAUUCUGGAGGAUUCCCUUGCUCAAACUUGAACGAGAGAUCUUUAUUGCCAUGUUAACAGCAAAAGAAUACAAACUUGCCGCGGAUACGUAUCUUGACUCGCCAAGCUCCAUGCCUCUUCCUCGAGAUGAGAUCGAAUCGGCUGUGACGGAGACGAUAUUUGCGUCGUAUGACAAUGCAACCAAUGGCAAUAAGACCAGAGGUGGCAUGAAGCGAUCAGCAGACCUGCUCGAAGCAUUUGCCCCAUACUUCCCGCAGUCCGUCUCAUUCCAGCAGAUCAGCAGCUUGCUGUCCGCAACCCACGCCCUGUCGUUCUAUUCGCUGACGCUUCAGCAUGGCGUACCCUUUCAACCCGUCAGCAUCCGCGUACACCAGGACCCUAUCUCAUUGAUUGAAAAGGUUCUAGAGCAGAACCCCAAGGGGUAUACGCAGCUUGACGAUCUAUUAGCGAUUGGACGACAUUUGGUUGCAGCUGGGCUCCCUACCAUCAAGGGCAAGGGAACAGCAGCUUCGACUGUAUCCCCCAAUCAGGCCGUCGUAUUAGCAGAGAGGCGAAUAAUGUCCCUUGCCAUCGCGGCUGCAGUGAACGCAUCCGACUUCGACACUGCGUAUUCCUAUGUCGUCACACGGGUGAUCCCUUCGUCUCUAGUUCCUGGCAGCGAGCGAGGCGAGGCAGGACAUGCGCAAGACGAAGACGAAGUGGACGACGACAUCUCAUGGCGCGCCGCAUACAACACCGGCCGCCAUCCGCCGACUGGCAAAGAAGUGCAGGAGACGACGCUCGUCUCCAGGAUCGCACGCCUUUCCCAGCGCAUGGAGCUGCUCUCCUUAGCCCUUGUCCUGGCCCCGUCUUCCGAGUACCUUCCUGAGAUCCUAGCUGUCUGGCGACGGUGUGACGAAGAGAUGUCGACUCUCCAGGAGCUAGAGAUACAGGAGGCAGAGAGCUGGGACUACCAGGGCGAUCAGCAGGGCCGCAUUGGCAUGGGUAUGGGCGUGGGAGCUGCUGUUCCCGGUGGCUUCGGCCCGUCGAGCAGCGAGCUGGACGCUCUUGACACCGAACUUGAGCGUGAACGACGAGCACGUUCCACACGACAGCCCCAGCCGCAGAGACCAGCCAAGCUAAGCGGAUACGAAGAGGCGCCGAUGGGCCUGUUUGACGUUGCUCGUGGUGCUGCAUCGGCGCUGCGCAAGAACGCAUUCCCACUGACGUCCGCCAACAGCAGUAGAAGCAUGACAAACAACAGCUCUGGCGAGGAAGGACAGGGAGUCGAGACUCCUCGGACGCGGAAGAGGGACGUUGUGAGCAAUCUGGUAACUGAAGGACUGGUCAGCGGCAUCGGAUGGGUGAUUGGGGCACCAGCACCAGCACCUGCUUCGGGCCAGAGAAGUCCAGAGUAG